AUGGACACAAAAACCAAUUUUUGCUUUGACGAAGUUGUGGUGGACGUGGCUUUAGUAUUCAAAUUUAAAGGAGCUUAUAAUUAUCUUAUGCUCUGGUUCAAGGCAGAUUUAGUUGUCAUUGGUUCCGGUCCAGGCGGAUAUGUUGCUGCUAUAAAGGCGGCCCAGUUGGGGAUGAAAACCAUUUGUGUUGAAAAAGAUGCUACUCUUGGCGGUACUUGCUUGAAUGUUGGGUGCAUACCAUCAAAAUCUCUGUUGAAUAAUUCACAUUAUUAUCAUAUGGCAAAACACGGUGAUCUCAAUUCACGAGGUGUGGAAGUUGUUCCCACGCUAAAUUUGGAGAAGAUGAUGGCAGCGAAAGCGGCAUCUGUGAAAGCACUGACUGGUGGAGUAGCAACUUUGUUCAAAGCAAAUAAGGUGGAAAGUAUAAGAGGUGUUGCCAGCAUUAUAGGUCCAAACGAAGUAAGUGUGAAAAAGACAGAUGGCUCUACUGAAACACUGAAGACGCGGAAUAUCCUUGUUGCCACUGGAUCAGAAGUUACUCCUUUUCCAGGGAUUGAUAUAGAUGAAGAACAGGCACUGUUUGAAUAUGAGAUUAUUUCUUCUACAGGGGCAUUGUCUUUGAGCAAGGUUCCUGAAAAAAUGGUGGUUAUUGGUGCUGGCGUUAUUGGCAGUGAAUUGGGCAGUGUUUGGCAGAGGCUUGGCGCUCAAGUAACCGUUGUUGAAUUUCUGGGACAUGCAGGUGGUGUAGGAAUCGACAUGGAGAUCGCAAAGCUGUUUCAACGUGUACUAGCAAAACAAGGGAUGAAGUUUAUGAUGAACACAAAGGUUACUGCAGCGAAAAAAACAGGUGGUAAAGUUUCAGUUGAAGUUGAGGCUGUAAAAGGUGGCAAAAAAGAAACAUUGGAGGCAGAUGUUUUAUUAGUGGCAAUUGGCAGAAGACCAUACACCAAAGAGUUAGGUAUUGAGAACGUUGGUGUCAAAUUAGAUAACAAAGGUCGAAUUCCCAUUAAUGGAAGAUACCAAACCUCGGUCCCUUCAAUUUAUGCAAUUGGUGAUGUUGUUGAAGGACCCAUGCUUGCACACAAAGCUGAAGAUGAAGGUGUUCUUUGCGUUGAAGGUAUUGCUGGAGGUCCUGUACAUCUUGAUUAUAACUGCAUCCCAUCUGUCAUUUUUACCCAUCCCGAGGUUGCUUGGGUUGGAAAAUCUGAAGAGGCUUUGAAAGAGGAGAAAGUGGACUAUAAAGUUGGCAAGUUUCCGUUUAUUGCGAAUUCGAGAGCGAAAACCAAUAAUGAGACUGAUGGUUUUGUAAAGGUUGUUGCUGACAAGAGCACUGACAGGAUCUUGGGAAUCCACAUAAUAGGGCCUAAUGCCGGAGAGAUGAUCGCUGAAGGAGUUUUAGCUAUGGAAUAUGGAGCAUCUUGUGAAGAUGUUGCCCGUGUUUGCCAUCCACAUCCAACUUUAUCGGAAGCGUUCCGUGAAGCCCAUCUCAGUGCUUACUUUGGCAAGUCAAUCAACGGUAUUUAG